AUGUUGUUGCGUUCAAACCGCCUCACGUCUGCUCAGAAGACCACGGUCUCUCUCGACGAGCAGGUUGAACAAGCUGGAUUCGUCACUGUCGGCGAGGGCGUAUACUUGAGCGCACCUCCAAAAGACGGCGAUGCUAUGAAAACAAACGACUCAGCGCCGAAGGAUGGCCCGGAUUCACAUCCCGAUGUCAUCCUCAUCUUUGGCUGGAUGGGAAGCUCAUUCCGGCCUCUCUCGCACUACGCCAAGGGGUAUGCAAAUCUCUAUCCCGGUGCCGCGCAGAUCAUCGUGCAGAGCUAUCCGUCGUACUUUUGGGAGCUUCCGUGGACUAGAGACAAAAGAGUGGCUCCGGUCGUUGAAGCCCUCAAAGAAACAGGGUUUCUGACCAACUCAGACGCGCACGUACCUCGCCGAAAGAUACUAACGCACAUUUUCUCGAACGGUGGCGCCCUCCAAGCAAUAACCCUCUCCAGCGUGCUUCGCAAGUCCGGCUAUUAUCCCCCCACACAAGCCAACCCCGCCCGUAGCGCAGUCUUCUUCGACUCCGUCCCGGGCGUCGGCAACUUCGGCACGAUCAAACGCGCAUUCACGCUCGCCGUGCCCAACCCCUUCUGGCGCGCCAUCGCGCUGCUGUACAUGUACUCCUUCAUCAUCGGCGAAGGCGUCGCCUCUUUAUGUCUCAGCCCGUUCGGCUAUCCGCCGCCGACGCUGAGGCGCAUGAAGGAGGCGCUGGAGGAGCCGGCGUUUCUGCCUUGGGCGAGCAGGGAGACGCCGAGGACGUAUGUGUGGUCGAAGGGGGACGAGAUCGUGCCGUGGUGGGAGGUGAGGAGGCAUGCGGCGCGGGUCAGGGAGUAUAAGGUCAGCGAGAGGGUGAGGGACGAGGAGUUUGAAGGGAGCGCGCACGUUGCACAUAUGAUCAAGGAUCGGAAACGGUAUUGGGAUUUAGUGCAGGAUGUCUGGAGGGCUUCAUAUCGCGAGAAUAAAUAG